AUGUGUUUCAGUUUGGUGAUGCUAUUCCUCUGCUUCUCCCAAACCGAGUUGGGAAGUGUUUGGGCUCAACAGCAAACAGGUAGUUGGUAUGGGGAGUCAUCCAGAGCUGACAGCCGUACCCACAGGGCCCACAGGUCAUCUUCAGGCCACAGCAGGCUGAGCAGGGCGGUCCUGGGUGGAGGACUGACCAUCGACACCCUGCCAGACAACACGACACACUUGGUGGAGGAUUCUGGCAGGUAUUACACAUGGCGUAGUUUCGGCUCCGAGGACCAGCGCACACAGGAACUGUGGAUAGACAUGGGUGACCUCCAGCACGGCCAAGUUAGAGUACAUGGCAUCCUGUCCAAUACACAUAGACAGGCUGCGAGAGUUGCCCUGUCAUUUGACUUUCCAUUCUACGGACAUUACCUGAGGCAGAUUACCAUAGCAACAGGAGGGUUCAUUUUCAUGGGGGAUGUCACCCAUCGCAUGCUGACAGCAACACAAUACAUCGCCCCGUUGAUGGCAAAUUUUGACCCCAGCUUCUCCAAAGAAUCCACUGUGCAAUAUCUGGACAAUGGUGAGGUGUUUGUGGUGCAGUGGGAUCACGUUAGACUCCAAGGCAAAGAAUCAGCAGGAUCCUUCACCUUCCAGGCUGCCCUUCACAGAACAGGAACCAUCACGUUCUGCUACCGUGAUGUACCUCUGUCAGUGGAGAUGAUCAAUUCAGCUCAGCAUCCAGUGAAGGCCGGUUUAUCCGACGCCUUUACAGUCAUGACGCCUUCUCCACAAUCAGCAGAUACCCAACAGCGGACGAUCUAUGAGUACCAUCGGGUUGAGAUCGACACCACAAAGAUCACGAAUCACUCUGCUUUUGAGUUCACCGCACUGCCUACCUGCCUGCAACACGACAGCUGUGAGCUCUGCCUCACAUCCAACCAAACCUCUGGCUGCAGCUGGUGUAAUGUACUCCAGAGAUGUUCGGAUGGCAUGGACAGACACAGACAGGAAUGGUUGGACUAUGCCUGUGCAGAAGAGAGCAAAGAUGCAAGCUGUGAGGAUUACACCAGAGGUGGGCAUGACAGCUCAGUUGGUCCCUCUGUCACUCCAGAGAUGGAGGCCAUAACCCCUUUAACUCCCAUACAAACUGUCUGUGACUCUGAUGACGACACCAAACAUCAUAUCCUCUCGAAUGGCAAUGAUCUGAAGCCAGACUCCCCGAUACAGAGCGCGGGCUUGUCUAACACAGGAGUGAUAGCUGGUGUAGCAGCUGCUGCCGUGUUACUCUUGGCUCUGGUACUGGUAGCGCUUUACAUCAACUAUCAUCCUGCUGCUGCGUCGCCACUAUACUUCAUCCAGCGACGUAAGGACUACUGGCCAUCCUUGAAGUUCCAGAAGCAAGGCUUUCAACCAGGUUACACAGAGGUGGAAGGAGAAGGUCAUGAUAAAGAGAGCAUUGUUGAAGCCGGGCCAUGCUGAAGAGACGGAUGGAAA